UCGCCGCUUGAUUCAUUCAUUUGCUUAACUUGUUUUGGACCGUAAACAAGGUGCGAAUAGGACACCGGAAACAAAGCUCCCCACAGGUGUUUCCCCACAGGAGUUUCCGCACCAGAAGUAGCAUAUGCUAACGUGCACAUAGUCUAUUGUGCUGCCUGAAAAUAUCAUUUAAAAUUAGUCAAAGCCAUACCCCCUUUGUCCUUUGGAAACUGCAGAGCAGAGAAGCGUAUUCUUGCCUUUUUGUCCCCCCAUAUGAAUCUCCACAACAUUUUGUCCCAGGCCUCAAAUUGUUGAGAUGGAAUUUCAACCGGCAGUGCCUGAAAAAUGUACAGUAGCUGUUCUGUUAUCACUAAAAGUUGUAAAAUGUUGUAUCACUAAAAUAUCAUUCUCAGUCAGUUGUUAUUCAUUAUGUGUUUACAGCACCCUCUGUGGUUGCUCCAAGUAAUGCACUUAGAAACGGCUUUAUUUUGAAAAAACUUUAUUGAACAGGAAGUCCGCUCAGUCAAGCAAAGCAAGUGAGCAAGAAGAAGGGAAACAUAUCGGCACACAGUUUAUGGUGUCCUGUUGGAAAAAAAUACUGUCCACAUCUUCGGUUUAUGGUUGUAUCGCCGACCUCCCACAGCAACAUGAUUGUAAGGAAAAUGAGGAUCUGGAUGACCAGCAGGACUGUAGCCAGAAGAGGAACUCCAGUUUCAACCAAGAAGACCCGGAACAGGAGGAAAUGUACACCAAUCAGGAAGGAGAGCAGCUUUCAUGUAACCAGGAAACCAAAGGCAUCAUCGUCUGGACUGGGCAGGAACUGGGCAUCAUGUUGAACCCUGAAGUAAAGUUGUACAGAAUAGAUUUACCACAACAUGACUGUAAGGAUGAGGGAGGGCUCACAGAUCAGCAGGUCUGUAACCCGAAGAACAACUCCAGUCUGGACCAGGAGGAUCCUUCGCAGAUUAAAGGGGAACAGGAGAAACUCGGUACCACUCAAGAUGGAAAACCGCAGGAGACUGGAACAUUUCCUGCUCAUAAAGAAAGUGACCACAGUGAACCAGGACCAAGCAGUGACCAGCUCCUUUCUCACAACUCUCCUGACACAGAUCAGGACGAAAGAAAGGAUGAUAAUUCACACAGUAUAAAGUCAGCGCAAAUUGUAUCAGGACUGACAGUUCAAAAUUCCAAGACAGCACACUUAUGUAGCACCUGUGGGAAAAAAUUUAAGACUAAAUCAAAAUUGAAUCAACAUAUACAAACUCACAAGAGACCACAUUCUUGCGGCACCUGUGGGAAAAGAUUUAGUUGUAUGUCACACGUGAACAGACACAUGCAAAGUCACACAGGUGAGAAGCCACAUUCUUGUAGUACCUGUGGGAAAAGAUUUCACUGUAAUUCAGACUUGACUAGACACAUCAAAACUCACACAGGUGAGAAACCAUAUUCUUGUAGCACCUGUGGGAAAAGAUUUAUUAGGAAGAGACAUUUGAAAAUUCACAUGGAAUAUCAUGCAGGUGAAAAAACUCACACAGGUGAGAAACCAUAUUCCUGUAGCACUUGUGGGAAAAGAUUUUAUUUAAAAUCAAGUUUGAAAUCCCACAUAACAAUUCACACAGGUGAGAAGCCAUAUUCCUGUAGCACAUGUGGGGAAAGAUUUCGUCUAAACACACAGUUGAAGAGACAUGCGAAUUCACACAGGUGAGGAGUCUGAGUCACAGAGAGGGCCCAAACUGUCCAAAGUUGUAGAAUCCCCUAAUUAGUGAAAUUUAUAGCUUACAUUUGUUAGUGCAACUUGUUUUAAAGGCAUGAAAAUCUGUAGUAUUAAUAGGGCUGGGCGUCGUCACUGAUUUCUAGAAUCGAUUCGAUUACGAUCCACAAGGUCUCGAAUCGAUUCGAUCCACGAUUCGAUUUCAGUCGAUUUGAAUCUGGGAAAUUUUGCCUCAGUUAGAAAUGAUAUUAUUCUGAUCACGUAUCAGUACAUAUCAGUACAGUACAUCACGUAUCAGUACAAUAACAAUAAUUUUUAAUCCUACAACUGUUUAUAACUUGCAUAGUUCAUAUUUCUGUAUAGUUUUUUAAUU